CUGCGUUAUUCCACUGUUUGGAUUUUCAUGGAUGGAGGCGUUAGAUUAGUAGCUCAUGAAUCACAGAAGACUGAAGUUACAUCGUUGGAAUGACCCUUAGACAACUCGGAGAGAACGGCGCGAGCUUGGAGGAAGGCGACCUGCUGCCCAUGUACGGCGGUGGCGGCGGCCGGCCGUCAAGCAGCGGCUCGUCGUCUUCGGCCGGCACGCCCAGUCCUAUGUUGGCCGCGCCGCAGCCGCUCAAGGCGGCCAACGGCGCGGCCACUGCCACUACUGCACCCCAUGGCCACCCGACGCAGCCCAGGAAGUACCAGUGCAAGAUGUGCCCACAGGUGUUCGCGCACAAGUCUGCGAUGCAGCAGCACUCGCGCGAGGCCCACCGGGGCGACCUGAAGCCGCACCAGUGCACCCAAUGCCUCAAGUCGUUCUCGUCGACGCACCAGCUGGCGCAGCACGUGCGCAUCCACACGGGCGAAAAACCGUACAAGUGCUCCUACUGCGAGCGCCGCUUCAAGCAGCUCUCGCACGUGCAGCAGCACACGCGCCUGCACACCGGCGAGCGGCCCUACAAGUGCCAUGUCGCCGAAUGUGGCCGGGCAUUCAUCCAGCUGUCCAACCUGCAGCAGCAUUUGCGAAAUCAUGACAGCCAAAUGGAACGCGCCAAGAGCCGACCCUUCCACUGCAACAUAUGCGGCAAGGGCUUCGCGUCGGAUAGCAGUCUGCGGACUCACAGAUCCAAGCAACACGCAGCACUGAUUGGAGGAGCAGCGUCGCAGUCUUGCCCGAUCUGCCACAAGAUCUGCGUCAACGCUGAAGCCCUAAUGGAGCACAUGCGCAUCUCACACAAGGAUCCACCAGUUACAGCACCAGGUACAGGUACACAUGGACUGGUGGAGACACUUCAGGUGGCACUCAGUCUUCAGAAGACCAAGGCAAGCAGCAGCAACAACAGCAACAACAACAACAGCAACAACAACAGCAACAGCAGCAGCAGCAAGCAACAACAGCAGCACCAGCGGCGUAUAGGCCAGCCACAGCUAACCCAUGCAUGCCCUGUGUGUGGCAAGGCGUACGUGAAUGAAGGCUCACUGCGCAAGCAUGUGAGCACUCACCCAGAAGCAGCCUCCCUGGGCUCCCCGCUGCGAAUGUGGCCCUGCACUGUCUGCCACAGCGUCUUCACCCAUGAAACAGGACUGCUACACCACAUGGAGCACAUGCGCAUGGACCCAAAGCACCAGUUUGCGGCCCAGUACUUGCUGAGCCGUGCUGCCGCCGAGCGCAGAGAGAAGCACGGUGGGCCCUCGGCGGGUCCCCCCCAUGACAUGCUGUCUGCUGUCCAGCCACAGCCGCAGACAGCGGCAUUGGCUGCGGUCAUGCAGCCACCACCCUCCUCAUUGGCUGCGUUGCAGGCCAGCCACCUGGCACACUCCUGAGACACGGACUUCAGAGGUGCAAGCCGCCAAGAUGUUGCCCUCCUCCCCUACGUCUGGGCACAAGUCGCAGCGGCAGACAAGAGAGAAGUCCACGUCUCAAAAUGAUUUACGCUGAGUGCAGCAACUGCUGGCCGCUUCAGAUGGCCUUCAUGACUUGGUCAAAUGUGGUCUCCCACUACUGAUGGGAGACAUGUACAAUAUCACUGUCCAGUGGGCCCGUGUCUAUGACGGAAACCUGCGACAUGUUUCACUUGCAGCUUGGCGUAACGCCCGGUUUUCUUUCCUUCCCUGUGUAGUUGCUGUGUACCUUUUGUGCUUGUUCAGUUUCGCAGUGACAUUGUUGUUACAUAUAAAAGGCUGUAUCACAUGCUAUGCUGCCAUUCUCCCAUGUCAUUACUUAAAGUGCUGUAUUUGCAUGAGUGUGAUGCGACCGCUGACCAUAGAUGUAAUGUGAGAUGGAAUUUUUGAAGUUUAAUAAAUAGAAAGUAAAUUAAUUUAAGGUUCUAACAUGAUUUACUGUAACGUAAGGCAACUAUGGCCAUAUGCUUGAGAAAGAAGAUAAGUGCGGAGGCUGCCUCUGAGCGCCUAAUUUCUAACAGGUGUCUGCACUUCCUCACCUACUUUUUGCUGCAUGUGAGUCGUGUGACCUAACGAAAAAGUUGAGGUCUCUAGAGCCUUGCUCUUCUGCUGCACCACAUGUUAACAUUGCAUCACAUCGCAUCUUGGAUGUGCGGGGAAGUCUGCUUAAUAAAUCUCACACUAGGUUAGGCUUCACCUUUCUUCCAAUGCUCAAAUGUAUAGCGCGGUACAGUCUCUCACAUCAGAAAACUGAAAUAUUGCAUGUAAAAGUGUGCAUUGUUACAAAUGUAGCACAACGUGCACAUUCAUACUGAAGUUAAAGUUAAAAAAAAAUUGGAUUACAUACAUGCAAAUAUAAUACUUUUCUCUUUUGUAAAGUUUAUUUUUUAUGUAUGCGUGUGUGUGUGCGUGCAAAUGUAAACUGCGACUGCUGCAGUCAGUCCCCAGAAACAGUUUGAGCUGGUGCAUUAGAGUGUUGAAUUGUCAAGGGCCCCUUUUUUGCAAUUUAUGCGUGCAGACUUAGAGUUCAUGUUUUCCCUUUUGUUGUGUUUCGCUUGUGUAGAAUGCUGACACCACACUUGACACUUGCUGACAUCUCAUCAUGGUGCACAGACAGUGAAAACAUGGCUUUGCCAAUUAUAGUAUGCACUUCAAAGCUCGCCUUAUAGUUGACUGCGCUUGUUGGAAAAUGGUCAUGUGAAGAAAAGAUAACUUGUUCUGUUAAAGAAUUUUGCCAAAAAUUUGGCUUGGAGCGCAAGCAUGUCUUUACAGACUGACAGCAACUGGUGUGUUCAGUUUGCUCUUCUGCGUGGGUGACAUUUGACUGCUUACUGAGCUGCAUACUAUCGCAAGUUAUUCAAAGAGGACAAUUAUCAAUCCUUUAGAUGAACCAUUGCUGGAUCAACAGUCCCUAUUUUAACAUUUAACAUUUAUAUAUUAACCUAAAUUUUCAAUCUGGCAUUGUGGAGAGUCUUAGUUAAGUGGAAUCAGCUUGUAAGUUGGCUAGCAAACACUGUCAUCCUUUGCUAAGCGGCAAGCAAUGCUAGUGCAUGAGAUAGUUCAUUGCCAUGCACCCAUAAAAGUACUAAACAAAAUGACCGUGUGGAAGAUAGCUGGCAAUUCAUUAUUUACUAUAUGUGCUUUGCUAUGCUUUGAUUCGAGAAAUUCUUUACAUGCUUUAUAGUAAAUUAGGAGAAAUUCAUCCUUCUGCAAAUCAUAAAAAAUGUUAGUGCUGUGUCACCAAAUUGUGAGCAGCUCUUAAUUCGUGAAUACCAUGGCAUGGAAUGAAUGUUGUCACUUUCUCUAAGAUUCUGUACACAUUGAUGUUAAAUUUGAAGGAAUGAUGUGUAUGCACAUAACUUGAAGACGAUGGCUGAGCGGGCUCUCUUUAGUGUGUUAUUGUGAAAUGUAAACUGACAGAUUACACAAGCUUUUGAAUCAAUAUCAUGGUCUUCACAUUCACAUUCUGCACUUACUGUUGGAGUUUCUCAAAAGCUUGAUAUCCAAAAUGCAUGUUACGUAAUAAUGUCACCUCUGUAUGUCACGUUUUUAUUUUGUUCCUGUAUUGAGUGCAAUUUUUAAUAUAUCUUACUGUGAUUGUGUCAUGAUAAAACUUGAGUUUUACCAUCUGGAAGUAUUGGGUUAGUGCCAAGUACCUACAAUACCUUAACACAACACCUUAGUUUUGUUUUCUACGUGUUGAGGUAUAGUUAAAAUCAAAAAUCUUCAUCUCCACCACAGUGUUCCCAAGUAUACUGUGAACAUCUUUCCUUGCCGCUUGUGUUUUGCUGUCAGACUGAAAAAGUGCCGGUGCAUUCCGAUGACUGAUGUAGCCGAAAGCCCGUCAUGCUUCUAGCUUUUAUGCCCUUGAAUGUCACAGCAGUUCUACAUAGCCUAAUUUGAUCAUUUGCAGACAUUUGUGUGCUUGUUUGUGAGCUUCCAAGCAUUGUUUCUUUUUUUGUCAUUAUCAAACUCACCAGCAAUGUAUGAAAUCACGUGCAUGUGCAGCUGCACAUUUUGCUUUAACUACUGCAGCUUUUUGACUUUCAUAUUCCUUCAUAUGUUCACCUUUUUAAAAGUAUGCAUGCUUUGUGGUUCUUUUAGCCACCUUCACGUGUGUCAUUCAUUACGUAGCUUUCCAGUUCAUGCUAUUCUCAAGAGUAUACCUGCAAUCCUCAUUGGCAUUUGCAACAUGUUUUCUUGUUUGUUUUUAAUAGCCACAGUAUUAUUAUUGUGACUCUGUUCUGCUUUGCUGGUCUUGCAUGGUCUACAUUUCUGUGAAAAACUUGGUCACCAGUGUCCCUGUAGAGUGUUGACCAUAAUGGUCAGACAAGUAUACAUUCUGCUUGUGAUCGGUAGAAUUACAGCUGAUAAUGCAUUUCAUUGAUUAUUUGCCUCUUUUAGCCCUCAGAUUCAAGCACUACGGGCUACUGUUGCACUGAAUGGCUUAUGAAAAACUAUGGGGUUCUAGUAGUCACAUUGUGAAUCCCACAAGGAACGACAAUAGCAUUGGAGGGAACAAUAUAAAAUGAACUGCUACACAUUGUUAUUUAUCAUUGCCUAAUAGUAAACAUUUUUAGUUUGUUAAUGGAAGUGUGUCUAAGAGCUCUUCAGGUAGAAGAGAAAACAGGCCACAUUUUCUGUGCCUUGUCAAUAAAUUCCAUUCUUGGAGUCGAGUGUUAGUUCUGGGUGAUUAAGUGCUGAAAAGAAAGACUUUGUAGUAAUGGGGCUAAAGUUAGUAGCUUUUCAGGUCAACCAAUUUACUGCAGUGAUAGAAAAUUUGGACAGCAUACAAUAUUUAGCUUGAUUCUCCAGACAUAAUUUGCAUGCAUGAUAUGCUAACAUUGCAGCCAUGAAUGUGUUUUUUUUAUAUUCACUUUAUCUUCUUCUUUCUGAGGUUUUACGUGCCAAAACCAGUUCUGAUUAUGAGGCACGCCGUAGUGGAGGGCUCCGGAUUAAUUGUGCAUGAUCAAAACAUAUUCACUUAAUCACCUUCAUCUUUGCUUUUGUUGGCCUGAUUUCUCAACUCUCUGAAGGCCAUUUGGUUGCUAAGGGUAACUGCAAAAAAAACCUUGGUCUAUUCAGUGCCAAGCUGUAGCUUUUGAUCACUGACUGGCUGUCUUAUAGAUGUCAAGGGCUCUAUAAAAUAAAUUUUACUCUGGAAGAUUGAGAAGGCUUGAAAUCCCAAAUGACUUCACAUGCAUCAGUACUGCAAUUUAUAGAGGUGUGAAUUGAAAUUACAUAUUUUAGUAACAUGUGAUGACUUAAAGAAAAAAACAAUUUUUUGGGCACAGUCACAGUCAGAUGUUCUUAGAAAUAUCAAAUUGGACAGUUUUUGGCAUAAUAUACUUUUAGAACAUGUCUCCCUUACAAACCUGUGUGAAACAGCAGCACUCAUUGGAUGCCCUCAAUAAAACCACUAGCAUAAGCCAGUUGCUUGAUUCAAGUAAUGGGAGUUGACUAGGGUCACAUAUGAUCAAAAUUACGGAUUAAGCGUGCAUAAGGUUGCACAUUUCAGAAGACACAACUGCAAGGGCAAGCAAAGAUAGUGCAUAAGUGCUCAUGGCCUCAUUUUAUCAUGACUAAUAUUGUCAUGAGUUAUGUUGUUGAGUCACCAGGGUGCAGCAUAUUGGUUUCAACUCCAGUGCACAAUAUAUGCUUUAUUUAACCUUUCAUAAGCACAGGAUUCCAUACAGUUAGGUUACUACUUUAUUUAAAGAUUGCUAAGCAGUAACUGUUGAGGCAAUUUGUGGGUACACAUUCUGAUAGUAAUACGCUAAAGAGGGUAAUUUUUUCUAGUUUCUGAAGCAUUUUGUUGAUUGUCGGCUGUGUUUGAAUUAUGUAUGAGACAUUGUCUGAAUUGGUUAUACAAAUCUCCGUACAAAGCAUACAUAUAUAAUUCUGCCCAAAAUCAUCAGAUGAAUGAAACAGCUGAGCAUGUAUUUGUGCCAGAAUAUUUCUCCUGUCUUUCAGAUUGCAACUCGCUUUGUGUGCAAAUGUUUUUUCUGUGCAAAUCAGUGCAGCAUAUAAUUUUAGCAUUUUCUUUUUGUUUGUCCAUUCUUCUAAAUUAAUGUGGUGGUGAAGGGGCUUUGUCUAUGUUCUUGUCUCAUGUGCUUUGAAUAUUGUAUAAUCAUUUUCACUGUCACUAUUCAGUUUUUUUCAUCACCAGUCCUUGAUAUUUGAGCCAAAUAUGCAACCUGAGCUUUGUAAAUCAUAGUUAUUGAUACAGUUUUAGUUUGACAAUAGUCUCGGUGAAACAUCUGAAUCUGUGUAUGGUAGAGGAUUGGUUGGCUGUUUGUUGUCAAGCGGGAACACGAAUAUGAGGACAGCUGGUGAUGUCAACAUGCUUUUGUCUGUCUUGCUUCCCUUCUACAAGCAACCAUAAACAUUCAUUUAUGAAAUGUGA